AAAAAUAUUUCUUGUUUAUUUUUAAGUGCGAUUCGUAACUCAGGUGAUCCAGAGAGACUGAGUCCAUGGAGGGGGUGGGGGCGCGACUAGGGCGAUCCUCGACUCGGUACGGGCCUGCGACGGUGUUCAAUGGGCCAGUAAGGAAGUGGAAGAAGAGAUGGGUCCACGUCUCGCCUUCCGCCACAACCAACAACAACAACAGCAGUCAUUCUCAGAGUCACCACCACCGCCUCCGCAGCGGUACCUCCAACGGUGCAACAGCUUCGACUACAAACGGUAAUAGCAGCUCACAUCUCUUGCUUUACAAGUGGACCCCUUUGACACGAAGAGAAAACAACGGUAAUGACGACAAUACUUCUGACAAGGACGAGACCGCGGUUUCUGAAGCGCCAGAGGAGCCACCUCGCCGUAAAUUCAAGUACAUUCCGAUUGCCUUUCUGGAGGAAGAAAGGAAGGAAGCAGAGGAAAAUGAGGCACCUGAAAAAGUUGAAAAUGAAGCGCAACCAAGUGAUGGCGGCCCAAUUGAUGUAGAGCCAACUCCCAAGAACAAUGGUUUUGAUGAAAAACCCGACAUAAAUGACAUUCCCAUGGAGGAGUGCCAGUCUUCGGCCAAUGAUCAAAUAGUAUGGCAAGAUCUGAAUGAAAGUACUUUGGAUUUGAGUCUGGGACUAACUGCCCAUGACAAUGACUCCGAUUCAAACGCUGAUCAGAAUAUAAAUGAGCGGCUGGAAAGAGUUGACUCCUACUAGCAGUAUUGGGACAUGAGUGCAAGUUUUUUCACCUUAUAUCUGACACUUGAGAAGAGAAGAAGAGGGGCUAUUUGAUUGUCCAAGCGCCUACUCAUCAGGGGGAAAUCAAUAUGAGCAGCUUCUGCAUGUACUCCCAGUCUUCAUUUGGCAAUUCAUUCCUGAGCCGAUUGCAACAAAGUCCAAAUAGUAAUAGCUCCUUUUUUUGUUACUGGACAAGCUCUUUCUUUUCCCCCUCUUGACUUGAAUUUCUUCAGGUACCUCUAAGACUUUACUUUGAUGGUUUACAAAUUGAAAUGUUUUCAGAUAGGAUUCUUCAAUUUUUGUGUAACUUUUUUACUUGAGUGAUUGUUAUGGUUUACAUAUGCUUGAACACCUAUUCUAUUGCUAGUAUA